AUGGCAAAGAUGAAACUGAAAUUGAGGAACCAAGGUCCCUAUGUUGUAAUGGACAGUGGAGUGGUAAAGCUCACAAUCUUGAAGCCUCAAGGGUAUUUAACUGGCAUCAGUUAUGGAGGAAUGGACAAUCUUUUAGAUGUCAAGUCAAAUGAAACCAGCAGAGGAUAUUGGGAUAUCAACUGGAGUUUGCCAGGAGGCCAAAACAGAUACGAACCACUCAAAGGAGCUGAAUAUAGUGUUGUUCAUCAUAGCAAUGACAGCUUAGAAGUUUCAUUCAAGAACACCUUCAUUCCAUCAUCUGCUAGCGGAGUCAAAUUGCCGCUAAGUGUGGAUAUAAGAUACAUUGUAAAGACUGGUGUUUCUGGCUUCUACAAUUACGCAAUAUAUGAGCGGCCUUCUGGAUGUCCUGCCUUCGAUCUUGCACAGACAAGAAUGGCGUUUAAACUGCGAAGAGAGAAGUUCCACUACAUGGCAAUAACAGAUGAGAAACAAAGGAUAAUGCCAAUGCCUGAGGAUGUGCUUCCACCUAGAGGCAAACAGCUAAUUGUGCCUGAAUCAGUUUUGCUUGUAGAUCCCAUCAAUCCUGAUCUCAAAGGCGAGGUUGACGAUAAGUAUCAGUACUCGAUGGACAACAAAGACAGUGGAGUCCAUGGAUGGAUAAGUUCUGGCCCCACUGUAGGGUUUUGGCUCAUCUUUCCCAGCCAGGAGUUCCGAAAUGGCGGUCCUACGAAACAAAAUCUCACCGUCCACACUGGUCCAUUCUGUCUUUCUAUGCUUCAUGGAACUCAUUAUAUUGGCGAAGAUAUAUUAGCUCAUUUCGAAGAAGGGGAGACUUGGACAAAAGUGUUUGGCCCCUUUUUUGUAUACCUUAAUUCAACCCCAGAUGUAUCAAAGGCACACGAUUUAUGGAUUGAUGCGAAAAAACAGAGGCUGAUUGAAGAGACAUUGUGGCCUUAUGAUUUUGUCCAAUCGCCCUACUAUGUUGCCGUUAAAGAGCGUGGUUCAGUUUCAGGAAGAUUGUUUGUCCAGGAUAGGUAUGUUUCGGAUUCUCUCAUUCCUGCUAAAUACGCAUAUGUUGGUCUAUCAGUUGCAACUACUCCUGGAUCCUGGCAAACAGAAAGCAAGGACUAUCAGUUUUGGAUACAAACAGAUAUCAUCGGGAAUUUCACUAUCAAGAAUGUUAUCCCUGGAGUAUACGGACUCCAUGGCUGGAUCCGGGAUUUCAUUUCAAUGUUAGAUCUAUCAAUACAGUUAGCUAAACACAUCAAAUUGAAAACAUGGCCUAUUUUCCACUCAGGAUCACAAACACAACUCGGAAACCUGACCUAUGUUCCCCUCAGAGACGGUCCAACUUUAUGGGAGAUUGGUUACCCUGAUCGGACGGCCAUAGGUUACUACGUUCCCAAUGUGAACCCAAUGUAUAGACAGUAUGGCUUGUGGGACAGAUACACUGACGUGCACCCUGAAUUUGAUCAGACCUUCACUAUAGGCAGCAGUAAUCCGAAAACCGACUGGUUUUUUGCUCAUGUGGACAGGAGGGGAGCAGAUAAUAAAUACCUUCCAACAACAUGGACAAUAAAGUUUAAUCUCAAAUCUGUACCGACCGGCACAUACAAGUUCAGACUGGCCAUCGCUUCAGCAACCCGCUCGGACCUGAAGGUUCAUGUUAAUGCUAUGGACAUAGAACACCUGGUGAUUCAAGUUUUGAACUUGGGGACGGAUAAUGCAGUUUGUCGACAUGGAGUUCAUGGACUCUAUCGGCUUUUCAGCGGCGAUAUCCCGUCAACGCUCCUGGUAAAGGGAGAUAACUCCUUAUUUCUUUCACAGGCUAGGGGAGGUGAUGCACUUUGUGGACUUUUCUAUGAUUAUCUAAGACUGGAGGCUCCGGAAACUGCAGAGAGCUGA